AUGCAAAGGCGAUUCGUGACUACGGUGGCGAAAAAUCUGCAUGUCACUUUCGGUAGCUCAAAGCGCAUUGUGCAGUUCCAGGAUGGCGAGGAAGUAAAACACUUGCGUCAUCAUUUUCUACGUGUGUUCUCUGACGUCCUGUCUGAUGAAGUUGCACCAACAAAUGUGACGUUCCAAAGUUAUGACAAAAGGUUUGAUGAUUAUCUAGACCUUGCGAAUAACACAGAACUGUAAGAGAAUUCUCGAAUAAAGGCUUUGAUUGUCUCUAAGCAAGAAGAUACUAAGGUACUGUGAAAUAAACCAUAUUAAUUUAGCCUCAUACCCCAGCUUAUCAAAGCCUCCCAAUUAAAACCUAAUAAGCAAAUUUAAGGUAUCUGAGCACAUGGUACAGCUUUUCAACAACAACCACAGCAACAACAACAGCUUUAUUUAUUUCAAAAUCUUGGUUACAAAAAAUAAUAAUGAUAAUAACGAAAAUACAACCCGCAAGCAGCAACCCCUAUUCGGGGCGGGAUGUGUAAAAAAUAAUAAUAAAAAAAAAACUGAAAUAAGUAUACUAAUUGAAUAAAUGAAAUAGUUCAGUAGAUUCGUAAAGUUAAAUGUAAACAAAAAAAAGUGUUACAAGAGAAAGGAAGAUUAAUUAGCUAAGACAAUAGAGCACAAUUAAUUACGAAAAAGGGUAAAAUAAGGUACAAAUGCUUUACAAGCAAAAUAAAAUACUUAAAGAAAUUCAGCUGUUGUAAUGUUUCAAAUGAUCUAACCAAAGCCAGCUACAAAAGAUUAGUACUUUCUAAAAAAGUUGAUGUUAUGUUGUUUUUUUUCCGCCGUCCACAUAGCCAUCCAGUUUUUGUAAAGAUCACCUUAAAGAGAACUGGUUUCCCUCUUUCUGGCAUCAUUAUACCAUUCCUUGGUACUUCAUACAAACUUCACAGCCUUCAGACUUCUGAAAACAGCCCAUACCGCCUGUGGAAUAUCGUAAGCAACGGCUUGAUUCAGAGGUCUCCCGCUGACCCAGCAGUUGUAACUUGCAUGGGUGGUUUCAACAGUGAUAACAGUAAGUUUGAUUUGCAUUUCAAAUGAGCAUACAACUUGAAGGGAGUGACUGUGGCGGAGAAGACAGUCUGAUUAUAUAAAAGCCUCCUCGGGUUACUCCCUUAUAUAGGCUUUUCAGGUAUGUGCGUUACCAAAGGGUAUCAAUGGUUUUUUAGACGUUAUGGUCNAGACGAGUGGUUGUGGUUCGGUGCCUGUCAAGAUGUGUUUGCACGUUAUAGUAUAGAAUUACAGGAGAUUACAUAAUACUUAAUAUAUUAUAAAAAAAAAAAUAUGAAGUGAUAUGUGUUAUGGAAGGGUUGUGAAAUGCCAAUUUGAGGGGUGGGGGGGGGGGGGGGGGGGGGGGGGGGGGGGAGGGUCGAGGGCGGUGAUUAUAAUUUUUAAAACUGAACUGGAAAAUAUUGGAUUUAGGGGCUGUUAAAAAUUGAUAUUAUAUCAAGCGAAUAAUAAGUAGACAAAUACAUGCCAGAUAGUCCACUACCAGAACAAGGUGUCUCUGAGUUCAUUAGCAGACUACCUGGUUCGUGUGUAUUCCUUUUCCCUCUACCCUAAUGUAUUAUAUUUCUUCAAAUAGAAUCAACAUAAAGAAGCAACAAACAUGCCCCUUUAAAAUGGCGUACAUUUUUUUUUUCUUUUCAGCUGUGAUAAAGGCAAAACACAUAGCGAUGAAUUAUUGGUAUUUGGUUUUUGAGGAACCUGGCGGUACAUUGUUAUAUAUUACCGCUGCUGGAGGCGGUCAGCAAGUCACUGUCCAGGUGAGUCAUUCCUGAACGAAACCUUUUCCCUGGUAGUAUUAGAACAGUGCCCUGGCCUAUUAUUAGAAGCGAUGAGGACGACUAGAAGGAUGAGAUUUCCUCAACAGUAUAAGGUAGUGCGCCCGUGAUCCAGCGGUAGUUUAGGAGGGAAAAAACGUCAAAUAGCGGCCAUUCUAGUUACGGCUUUUUCCGAGAGCAUUGUUGUGGCAAAAACAAGUUAUUUUUAUAGGGCGUAACCUCUAUUAAUAGAAAUAACCGCGCUAGCUUUUCUGAAGACGAAGAAGAAGAACAACAACAACAACAACAACAACAAAAAGAAGAAGAAGAAGAAGAAGAAUGAAGCUUUCAGGUGUCUCGAUUUUUUUAGAAUACUGCAAAAAAAAAUUAACUCAUAUCUCGUCUUCAUAGUCGUCCUCUUCAUACAUCAAAUCUGAAGGUUGCAAGUCUUAAUCGUUUUUCAAGAAACAUAUACACCGUAUUCACAAAUGGCGGACACGCGGGAAAAAACUGGUGCCUAGUCAUGAAAGCGAGGCGUUGGAGGAUAAACAAAAAUUGCAAAUGAAGACUUUCAGUGAACUUGCAGAGUGUUAAGCACGGAUUACACCUAAAAUAACUUUGAAUGGACGUCUUUUUAAAUACAAUUACGUGGAACAUCUUCUGCUUUUAAUGUUUAGUACUGAUUUGCUGUUUGCAAUGAAAAGGGGCGCGUAUAUCUUUCGUGAACAGGAUUAUUUUGUAGGUUUCGGAGGCCUCAGAAGCUCGACAAGUGGGCGAUGGCUGGAGAAAAGCCGCAAACAUGUUGGCCCAAACUUCACACUGAAACCGAGUACGAAAGCCAGCUCACUACAAUUCUGUAAAAUAGAAAUAAAAGCAGAUAUUGGUGGCAAGAAAAAAGAAAUAAGCGACGGAUAUAUGGCCUACCUGUCAACGGAAGAGACCUCCGCCAUUACACAAAACUGGUCAAGUCGAGAGCGGGUGAAAGAUUCAUUCACGAGGUUCAUUCAUGUCAGUGUCACUUUAUACAUAUCUAUCUAUAUAUGUAUGCCUGUAUUUACAACUUCCUUUGGAUGAUAUUAAUAUUCCGUCGCUUUGGAGUGAAUUGUUAGAGGUACGUUGACAAAGCUUAGCAAAAAUCUUUGAUUUCAAUUCUUUGUCAUUGCGAAAUAAAAUAAUUUUAUCAAAAUUAGAAGCUGUAGUGUGUGAAUCUUAUGGCUUGCUAUUUGUCUGGUCUCCUUUAGUGCAUUAUCUCGAAGAGCUCUUGGUAAAAAAGUGGUAUAAAGUUCACAUUUUACUAGGUUAAACUUUUAAGGCAAUGUUUGUGUCAGGACUGAACACCGCAAGCUUCUGUUUCGAAUUAUUAAAUUCGAGUCUGGAUCCGUCUAAGAGAACCAUCAUUUUAUUUAUUAAUGUAUUCUUCACUUUUAAAAUAUUAUGGAACAUAAAGUUAAAACUCUUAACAGCCAAAGAUAAGAAAUACGAAAAUUACUCGCUGAAAUGAUAUGUGGCCGGCUUACCGAGUCUGAAGAGUAACAAGUUGAUAUUUUGAGCGUACUGCACUCGAUCGCUCCUGCAUUUGUACUAAAAAAAUAGUUCUAACUGAUGUUGUUCAUCGAUAAGGACCAGAGAAUAAUGUCCUGGCAAACAAUAACCAAUGUGCAAACAUAACUUCAUCGAAACCUCAGUCACCGCUUCUUUCCUGUCUUCCUUUUUUCCAUCUCGACUUGAACUGUUUUGUUCAAUGGCAGACGUCUGUUGCGUUAACAAGUAGACCAUAUAUCCGUCGCUAAUUUCUUUUUUUCUUGCCACCAAGAUUUGUUUAUAUUUCUGUUUUACCGAAUUGCAGUGAGCUGGUUUUCGUACUCGGUUUCAAUGUGAAGUUUGGGUCAACAUGUUUGCAGCUUUUCUCCAGCCAUCGCCCACUUGUCGAGCUUCUGAUGCUUCGGAAACCUACAAAAUCAUCCCGUUUCCUUGAAGAUAUACGCGUCCCUUUUGAUUGCAAACAGCAAAUCAAUACUAAACAUUAAAAGCAGAAGAAAUCCCACGAAAUUGUAUUUAAAAAGAAGUCCGUACAAACGUAUUUUAGGUGGAAUCCGUGCUAAACACUCUGCAAGUUCACUGAAAGUCUUCAUUUGCAAUUUUUGUUUAUCCUCCAACGCCUCGCUUUCAUGACUAGGCACCAGUUUUUUCCCGCGUGUCCGCCAUUUGUGAAUACGGUGUAUAUACCUUCAUCGGCUUUAUAAUCACGGUUUAACCAGCUUGGACGACACGACACCAUAUGUGACUAUAAACAACUUGACAAAACCAAAAGCAGCGGUUAACUUGGUAAACCAACGUAUGUUGAUAAUUUAUUACAAUAAUUUUCUUAUGCUAAGCAACAUACUUCUCUCAAAAGGAACCAAUGCAGUGAUUGUAAACUUUUUAGUUUAAAAUAGGGGUCCGAAACGAUUAGCAAACCAUCUUACAUGUCAGCCGUCUCUUCGUCCAUCGCGCACAUUAAUUAUAGGGCAGGACUUCAACUGAUCUGAUAAAAGAUCUGCUAAUAAAGCUUUACUUCUGAAGUUAACGUUUAUUGACGACUAUAGCUUUGGAAUCAUCAGUCUCUUCCGGAUUUAGGCAAGUCUAUCCCAAAGAUCCCAAUUCAAAACUGUGGCCAGUGGGUUUGAAAUGAACAUCAAUGAAGAUGUUCAGUCUCUUUUACCGAGUGCAUAGUAAAAAUGUCUUUGUUCCUUCUGUCACUGCACGGUUAAGAUUUGAAAAUGUCUAAUUUUCCGUUUUAUGAAGGACACAAAAACAAAAUUUUUUGUCUUUUUUAGAACUUAGAUAUUGAUUCUUAGGAAUUCACCUCCAGGGAAUUCUGAUAAAUUUGACAAACUAAGUGACUUGUAAGAGAGUUGGCCUAAUCGCAAUGAAGAUUGAAAAAAUACGCGAAUUCAGAUAUUAAGCGAGUCGGACGGGAUAUACGGUAUUGAGGCUUUUCUUUUAAGCGGUAAUGUGAGGAUGAUUUUGGUAUCAUCUAGCCCUGCAGUAUGCGGUUUUUCACCCCUUUGGCUGACGGUAUAUUCAGUAAACGUAGACCCUACACGGUAUUGCAAUACCUUUCAUUUGAGCUCUCCUAAAAUACAGGUCAAUACAAUAAUACCCAACACAAAACAAAGUAAGCAAUGGCUUGUCUUCUCACGUUUUCUGGCAAUGGCUGAGGUUGAUUUCUGAUGCAAACAUGUUUGAGAUAAUCAAACACGCCUGAUGGAUGCAAUUUAAGUAUUUUAUAAAGCGUGACCGAUCAUAAAUGCGGUAUAGAUUUUUCUGUCGAUUUCGAGAUGACAUUUCGGUCAUUACCAACUUUUCUUACCGUAUUACGGUUAUAUUGAGUACGCCCAAUGUCCCUCUCAAGUCAAACUCCAUUCAUUUCACUACCCUUUCUAAAAGCCCUUUCCUAUCCUAAUGUACUUUUUUUAUUGUUUCAGACAAGUCCAUCUGAAGAGGCAAAAUUUGAGCCCGACUUUUACUGGGGUCAUACAGUUUUCAAGAGCAGUCGUUACAACACCUUGUACCUUGGAUGCGACGAGAACAAAAUGGCAACACUUGUACCCAUGAAAGAAAAGAGUUACCCAAAUCCACAAGCUAUGUUCAUUGUUAAUGAAUUUAAUGUUGUGUUGUACCCCGAUUGUAACUGA